AUGGCCCUCAGUGAUGCUGACGUGCAAAAGCAGAUUAAGCAUAUGAUGGCUUUUAUUGAACAAGAAGCCAAUGAAAAAGCAGAGGAAAUAGAUGCAAAAGCAGAAGAAGAGUUCAACAUUGAGAAAGGUCGUCUUGUGCAAACCCAAAGACUGAAGAUUAUGGAAUACUAUGAGAAGAAAGAAAAGCAGAUAGAGCAGCAGAAAAAAAUUCAGAUGUCCAAUAUGAUGAAUCAAGCAAGACUCAAAGUUCUCAGAGCGAGAGAUGAUCUUAUUACAGACCUACUAAAUGAAGCAAAACAGAGACUUGGCAAGGUGGUAAAAGAUACAACUAGAUACCAAGUGCUGCUGGAUGGACUGGUCCUCCAGGGUUUGUACCAGUUAUUGGAGCCCCGGAUGAUUGUUUGUUGCCGGAAACAGGAUUUCCCUCUGGUAAAGGCUGCAGUGCAAAAAGCAAUCCCUAUGUACAAAAUCGCCACCAAUAAAGAUGUUGAUGUCCAAAUUGAUCAGGAGGUCUACCUACCUGAGGAAAUAGCUGGUGGAGUUGAGAUCUAUAAUGGGGAUCGUAAAAUAAAAGUUUCCAAUACCCUAGAAAGCCGACUGGAUCUCAUAGCUCAGCAGAUGAUGCCAGAAGUACGAGGAGCCUUGUUUGGUGCAAAUGCCAACAGGAAGUUUUUGGACUAA